AUGCCGCGCGCGCAUUCGAACGAUGACGAUGGCCACGGCGACGACGGCGCGCGCGCGACGCGCGCGGUGGGCGCGGACGGGUCGGAGGCGACGCGCGCGAGGACGGCGACGGAGCCGCGACGCGGACGCGGGCAGAAAAAUGUACACGCGGCGAGUGGGACGCGAAACAUGAUGUCGACGUACGCCGAGUGGUAUCGACACGCGAUGGCGAGCGGGGAGGUGGUGCCGGUGACCGGGACGCCGUUGCCGGUGCCGGUGGUGGUUCCGGUGAACUUGAUCGCGGGCGACGGGCGCGAGGGAGGAGAGAACGGCGAACAGGCGGUGUACGCGCAUCCGACGUACGCGCACAUGGGACACCCGGCGAUGAUGAUGGGACAUCCCGAUGCGUACGUAGCGGAGGCGAUGAUGCCGCCGCGCGGCGCGGCGGAUUACGCGGCGGCGAUGGCGGCGCAGGCGGAAUAUUUCUCGACGAUGCAAUAUCGCGCGGCGGCGGCGGCGGCGGCGGCGCAGUACUACGGGUACGCUCCACCGUACGGCGUGGACCCGUACGGUGCGAACGCGAUGGACGCGUACGGCCCGAACGAGAUGUCACCGCCGGGCGGACUGUACGCGGGUCCGAACGGACGCGUCGGGAAUAACAUGGAUAAUCAGUGGCGCCGCGCGAACUCCGAUGGCUCGGGUGGCGGGCGCCAUACGUAUCACGGCAGACACUCCGUAUCGGACGAGCGCGCGGGCGGUCGAGGGUCGCCGAACACAGUGUUCGUCAAGGAGAUUCCGGCGAGCGUGAGCGAACGCGAGCUCGCGGAGACGUUCGCCGCUUGCGGGCGCAUCGUGGACUGCCGAAUGUGCCGAGACGCGAAUUCCAACAAGUUUAGCUACGCUUUCGUGGCGUUCGAGACUGCCGAUGAGGUCCAAAACGCGUUGUCGCUGGACAAGAUGUCGCUUCACGGUAAGAACAUCGUCGUGCGACGAAGCGACACGGCGGUCAUCCCGGUGAAUCCCUUGUUGCUUCCUCAGAACGAGGCGGAGUUGGAGAGUACGGCGAGGACGAUUUACGUCGCCAACGUGGAUAAGUCGGUGGAUUCGGACGCGUUGAAGACGUUUUUCGAGAGACACGCCGGCGCUGUCAACCGUCUGCACUUGCAGGUGAAGAACGCCGCCGACGCAAACGUGGCCUUUGUGGAAUUCGUCAAUCUCGAGAGCGCGGCAUCGUCGCUUCGACUUACGGGAAAACAGCUCGGUCAGCGCGUGGUCAGAGUGAGCGCAUCCAAGACGCCGCUUCGCGUAAAUCGACGGAUGAGCGAGCAACGCGCGAUGUCGUACUACGCAAGCGGGACGAACGGCGACGCCGCGACGCCGCCGGCGCCGACAAAAGUGUACAUUUCAAACAUCCCGAAAAACCUGUCUCCGGGAACGCUGCGAGCCAUGUUUUCGGAGUGCGGCCGCGUCACGAACGUGGAGCUGUUGAACAAUCCUAAGAGUAAGUUCCCGUACGCGUUCGUUGAGUUUGACGACGCCGAGAGCGCGAAGCGUGCUCUGAAUUUUCGAGGUCGGGAAGUGCAAGGAUGCGCAAUCAACAUUGAGCUCACAUACAACAAGAAGCGCCGAGGCGCCCCGAGACUGGCGCUCGAUCCGGUGUCGGUGGACAAGAUGGAGCGCACGGUUUUCGUGACCGACAUAGAUCCAGAUCUCGAACCGUCCUUUGUGCGGAGCAAGUUUGAGGACGAGUGCGGGCCGGUGACUUUGUUUUGGUACAAGGCGUUCGAAAAGGGUGAGAAACAGGCGUUGGCGUACAUAGAGUUCACCGAGCUCAGCUCGGUGGAGAAGGCGUUGGAUCAGUGUCGAACGCACUUUUUGGGCGAAUCGAGGUUGAUCAAGGUGCGCCACUCGCACACGCCGCUGGUGCCCAAGGACGAUGACGAGGGGACGUGUUAUUCACCCGCGUUGGACAGCCCCGUGAGUUCCACGAGCGGAGCAGAGGACGCGGGGAGCGAAGGAGAGAAGAGCAGUGUGGUUCGCGACUUGAUAACGCCGAUGGCGGCGCUCGCCCAGGAUCCUGCCGUCGUCGACAAGGCGACGGAACGCUUGGAACAACUCACCGUGAACAAUCCCGCGGCCUAG